UUUGAAUGCCAAUCGAUUGGGAAUUAAAAUACGAGCUCAACGAGGUAUGACACUCCUCAUUCUGAGCGUUUUUUGAAUUAUGGCAAGAAAAACACUGCGUUUUUAGGGCUGAAAACAAGGACUCUUAUUUUACCAAAAAAUUCCCUUAUUUUUAGAGUUUUGCAACGUUGUGUUCCAAAUGUAAUAAUGUAUGAAAAUGUAAGUUCGUGUUAAUACUUUCAAUUUCUUUACAAAAUACCUAACGUAUUCAAACGCCCCACAUUGGGCGCUGAGAUGCACCUCUUUUGCAAUUAUAAAAGCUUUCCGGUCUCUUUUCCGGCUGAACGAAACAAAAUUGAUUAAAAUAGUUUGCGACCCCUAGAGCGUUUAAAGUAAAAACUAAAAUUAGUAGAGGUUUUAUUGAAGUUGGGGGAUGAUGAAUAAACUGUGGCAUUUGGUCUUUUUGAUAGGUUUUUCAAGUUUUAUGCUGGUGGCUAGCUUUGAAGAUGAGGAACCGAAUUGUUUUGCCCUGAGUGACGAAUUUUGUCCGAAUGCCAACAUUACCUUUUGGCUUUACACAAAAGCCAAGCCGGAGGGAAUGGAACUCUCACAAUUUAACCUUCCCAAAGAUGAGUUUCUACCCCUAAAACCACUCAAGGUUAUAAUCCAUGGCUUUAACGGGCACCGCAAUUAUACUCCCAACAUCCAGCUACGUCCUCGAUUUAUUAAGCUAGACAUUAAUGUGAUAUCUUUGGACUAUCAUAAACUUGCCUAUGAACCCUGCUACUCGGAGGCAGUAAACAAUGUCAAAUUUGUAGGUCGCUGUAUUGCACAAUUUCUGCAAAUACUGCUGGUAAACAAAUUGGUAGCGAUUAAGGAUCUGCAUCUGAUAGGUUUCGGCUUGGGAGCCCAUGUGGCAGGAUUUGUUGGUAACUUUAUUCCGCAACACAAGCUGGAACACAUCACGGCCCUCGAUCCUGCCAAACCUCUUUACCUGGUCAAGGAUAAGGCCCAAAAACUCGAUCCCACGGAUGCCAAAUUCGUGGACGUGGUGCACACGGAUGUUAUGAUGCUCGGUCUUCUGGAGGCAGUGGGCCACGUGGACUUUUACUUAAACAUGGGCGUUUCGCAGCCCAACUGUGGACCCAUCAAUCUGAUGGAGACCCAUUUCUGCUAUCACAACCGAGCCGCGGACUAUUACGCCGAAUCUAUUUUAAAUCCUUCCGGAUUCUAUGGCUUCUACUGUCCCAACUUCAAGAGCUUCGCCACAGGAGCCUGCGUUCCCUCGAAGGAUUUCGAGGUGAUGGGCUUCGGGGCCAAUUCGGAGGCCAGGGGCAGGUAUUUUCUGGACACCAAUAAUAUGCCGCCAUAUGCCAUGGGAUAUAACAUAAAAAAUCUCAAUCGCCAACUGAAAGGUCGCACUUUCAUAAACGAUGAUAUGAUAGAUAAACUCCUUGAAACAAAUAAGGAAGCUUAAGUUGUUUAUGAGGAAUAUUCUAAAGGAAGUGUCUGAGGUAAAAGGGAUCAGUAUCAUAGCAAUAAAUAGGAAAAUAUGAUUGGAAAUAAUAGAAAAAAUAUUUAAAGAGAGUUUAACUAAGAUUGAUAUCUAUCAAAUAGUAAUAUAUACAUAUAUAUUAUAUAUAAAUAAGUAAAUUGAAAAAUAUAAUUCUGAAUACUACAAAAAUAUUAUUUAUGAGCUCAACAAUGGUUGGCACAUCAGGUUUUGACCCUGUUUCUUUCUAUUUCUGCCAGUGAACCAUUCCAAAAACUUAUUUUUGUGCCCAAUCUUAAUUUUCAAGUGAAAUACCUUUGGCACACACACUCAUGCUGGGGUGAGUUUGGCCCACCUUUGCAAUCAACAGGAGGAG